AUAGCUCCAAAAAGUGCUGGUGCAGAAGCCAGGGCAGGACGGGGAAACCACUGCAGUCUGCAACUAUCUUCCCAAAAAAGUCAUUAUGUAUACGGACUGCAAAGACUCUUGCGACGAUGAUGAGGACGUGUCUUUAGCUGUAAAUUUUUAGAAUCAUUUAAUUUUUAAGCGAUUUUAGAUUUAAAACUUGUUGAAUAUGACGAACAGCAUCAAGGUAAGUUUGUCUUGAUUUUUCAUAAUUGUUAUUUGUUUUAUGAAUUUUCGAUUUAAAUAUUUAUUAAGGCCAAUAUGAUUACUGUAUUUUAUAUUUAGCUUUUGCAGGAUCAAUGGAAUAUAGAAGCUGGGAUGUCGGUCAACAUUUAGAGUUUACAAAUGAGAUUAAAAAGCUCAUAGGGUCAUGACCUCUGAACGGCGAGGGACAGAGGAAACUUGCACCACAUUAGAAGGUGGCAUCGGAACAUGUACGCCAACUAUCUUAUGCGCUCCGUACUUCAAUCUGCUGGGAGUAGCCAAAAACCUCACUAUUUCUUUCCAACUUAGAGAUGCUCAAUGUGGGUCACAUGGUAUCAACAUCAUGGUCUGCUGCCCAAAUCAAAAUGAGCCACCUCCAGAAACAAGCAAAUUAUUAUUGACCUUAAAUACCUCCGAUGACUCUAAUAAGGAUCAAGGGAUCACUCAACUUGACGAAACGUGCACCACAAUUGAAGGUGGUGUUGGCAAGUGUGAGUCGUUAGCAGCCUGCGAGCCGUACCUCCAUCUGACGAGACAAGCCAAAAGCAUUCCCUUGGCUAUUCAACUUAGAGAUGCUCAAUGCGGUUCAGACGGAAACGGCCAAAAGGUCUGCUGUCCUACUUCAGGUACCUCCACUUCAUCGCCGACUGGCGAACCUUCCUUCAGGUCACUAUCAGAGUCAGACUACAUAACUGCCUUCCCUGAACCACCAGAUUGUGGAUUCAGUUUAGCACACUUUAACAGAGUUGUGGGAGGUGUGAACGCUAAACUCGGUGACUUCCCCUGGAUGGCACUUCUUGGUACCAAACAAGAAAACUGGGACGCAGCACGUUGGAUAUGUGGGGGAACUCUGAUCUCUCACCGCCACGUCCUGACCGCUGCUCACUGUAUAAAGAAUGAGUUGAACGUGGUCCGACUUGGAGAACUGGACUUCGAAAGAGACGACGAUGGCGCUUCUCCCGUAGACUUAUCCAUUAAAAGAAAAAUCAAACAUGAAAACUUCGACUACGCUUCCUUCACUAAUGACAUCGGCCUUUUGAUAUUGGGAAAGGAUGUGGAGUUCACUCGUCUGAUGCGGCCGAUCUGUCUGCCAACUCGUGAAGACCUACGUUCAAAAUCUUUUGUUGGCUACAAUCCUUUCAUCGCCGGUUGGGGAAAUGUUGACAACCGUGGUGCUGCUAAAUCUCACAUGCAAGUUGCGCAGCUGCCUGUCCUGGAAAACUCCAAAUGCAGGAGGGUUUACGAAUUGCGGGUCAUCGACGAAAGGGUCAUGUGUGCUGGCGUCACAGGCAAAGACUCCUGCAAUGGUGACAGUGGCGGACCGCUCAUGCAACCGAAUACGAACCGGACAACGGGUAAAAUAUAUUUCUAUCAGACCGGCGUGGUGUCGUAUGGUCAUACUAGAUGUGGUGAAGCGAGUUUCCCAGGCGUCUACAGCUCAGUGCAGCACUUCCUGCCCUGGAUACAGAAACACGUGCUGGGAUCGGACGAAUGACUUCUCCUAGUUAAUUAUAUAGAAAAAAUAAAUAUGUGUAUGUAAUAUUAAAAUGUAAUUUAUAAUAAGUACCAAUAUUUAAAUUGUCAAAGCUU